GGUAUCCUGGGGCAUUCAGCCUCCCAAGUCUCAGGCUCUUCUGCCACCACUUCCCAUGACGCUCCUCAACCCAUCCCCUGGGCCCAAGACGCGAUUGGCUUCCCCACAGGAUUUCCUUGACCAGCGUAUGAUCCGUCUGGCUAUCUCGUGUCUAGACACGCUUGGAAGUUAUAAUUACCCUGAUGUUUGAUUGUGUUGUUUCGAGCGGGAGGGGAGACUAGAAAGCCAGUAUGGGGAAUCGAGAGGUGAGCCGAUAGGCAAGUUUGACGAAAGAAAUGGCAAUCCAACGCUCCACUUGCGCUGGUGGUCAACGAUGCGAUGCUCUUGUCAGCGAGCGGCACUUGGCCGUGUUUCGCUAUUAGCAAAGCGGCAAAAGGCGAUAAUGCCACGUCACCACGACUAUAAGUCCGUGGACGACUACAUGAUAGACAUAUCACUGGGUUUAUGUGACCUCAGAUUCCUUGGUUUGACCUUGUAAACGAGGGCAAUGCGAAAUCGUGUCUGGAUUACCAUCCUGCAUGCCCUAUCGAGUAAACCCUGCCCCCCCUUAACCGAGUAUUUGGGUACAGUCAACCGUGGCUGCAUGGCAAUCUGCACUGGGACCAGCAAGGAAUUGAAACCCAACAUGCCAUACACUGAUGCAGCCUUGUGCACAGCUCAGCCGCACGUAGGCGAGAGCACAGUAAUCUGUAAUCUGGCGGUCACUUUUGAAGAUCAGGAUGUGCCAUCCUCUAGCGAGGGUAGGGCAGGGUUAACAACAACGGUUUGCCGGGGAAGGUUAAGAAGAGCCUUCCGGCGCUCGUGACAGUGGAUACGAGAAGGCCCUAACUUGAUAGCACGAGGAGCCACGCGGGCGUUGGUGUUGAAGUUGACAUUUUGAUAGUUGCUGUGGAUGAGGCUAACGGUUUUCUCAAACAAGCUGCUUGGGUUCCUUGUUGAUACUGAGAUUAGACGAUCCAGUAGCAGCUGAGGUAAGCGAAUGCGCCGUCCUGCACUGUAUAGAGAAAGAUCAGUCAUCGCUUUCUCCAGUAUAGUGGAUACAAUUCCUUGAAUAGCUGAGAUUGCCUCGAGAUGCUAAAGCGACACGAUGUGAUGCUGACAGAGAACACGAGCGUGGAGGAUUGAGAUGCCAGGAAGAGCUUGAUAGCGCGCUAGGGGAGUGCAAGAAAACUUAGUGUUUAAUCCCAAGAGACAAAAAGACUUAGUGGAAGGUACUCUAUACGUAGUGGAAUCUGGAAAUGACCGAAGGACUCUACUUCUGCCAAGCAAUAUAACAACAUCAAACACUGC